ACCGGCCGGGUUGCGGUGACGCGGAAGCUCCACGGUGGUACCGGGGUCCGAGAGUGAGUGUGACGAAGCUCAGCGUCCCGGGGAAGGAGAGGGAUCCCCGACUGGUACCUUGGAGCCAGCCAUGGCUUCCACGGACGAGCUCAAGUUCCAAGAGUUUGAUGAAGCGGCGGAUCUUCUGGCUGCCAAUCCGGACGCCAAAACGCAAAGCGUGAACGAUGACAUCCGGCCGCAGCACGCCACCCUGCACAUGGAGGCAGACAGCGAGGACGAGGAGGGCAACACCGACCAGACAGAGCUCCUCUCUUCCCAGAAGAAAGCGUCGAGUUUCUGGACCUUUCAGUAUUACCAGGACUUUUUUGACGUAGACACGUAUCAGGUCCUCGACCGGAUCAAAGCCUCGCUGGUGCCGCUCCCUGGUAAAAACUUUGUACGUCACCACUUAAGGAACAAUCCUGACCUGUACGGACCAUUUUGGAUCUGUGCUACUCUGGUGAUCACUCUGUCAGUCAUGGGGAAUCUGUCAACAUUCAUCCAGAUAUACGACCGUUCAGAUUACGUCUACAGCCCGCAGUUCCACAAAGUGUCCGUGGCUGGUAUAGUCAUAUACAGUUAUGCCUGGCUGGUGCCCCUGGGCCUGUGGGGCUUUCUUCAGUGGCGGAAAGGUGUGAGCCAAACCGUGGGAUCGUACAGCUUUAUGGAGACCGUGUGUGUGUACGGAUACUCUCUUGCCGUAUACAUCCCAAUAACGAUCCUUUGCGUGGUUCCCAAUGAAUUAUUCCGGUGGAUUUUGAUUCUCGUGGCUGCGAGUCUCUCCGGCUUCGUCCUCCUCCUCGCCUUCUGGCCCCACAUCAGCAAAGACAACAAAAUAGCUUCGCUCGGCAUGGUGAUCGGGAUGGUUUCUCUGCACGUGCUGCUGGCUGUAGGCUGCAAGAUGUAUUUCUUUAAGAAGUUCGAAGAGAAGGCAGCAGCGGAUGUCGUGACGACGACAAUUCAGAAAACCGCACACAUCACCACCCACCACGCGUAACGACUGCUGUUACGACCCGGACGAAGCGGGAUUUUAUCACACGGCGGCAGCUCCGAGACCGCGCAAGCCUGUUCUAGGGCUCUUUAAAGGGACGUCUCACAGAGCGGCAGAAAACUUUAAACGGGAAAUAAUUUCAGCAUGUUUAAGAAAACCAGAGUGGCUUUUUUUUUGUGCUUAUAUCGGAGAUUUACUUAUUGAUUAGAACCAGACUAAUAUAUUUAGCUAAAUAAAAGAUUUGUUUCUGCUCCAAA